UUUUGCUUUGCAGUUGUGGCAGCACUGAAAUAGCAUAAAUAACAACAAUCCUAAUCACGCAACAACGAGUGUCCACUAAUACUUGCUUGUAUUUUUGGUCAAUUUUGACAGUCUAUCUUUGUCUUUAUCGGAAAUCAGUAUUUUUGUGAAUUGUAGAGUAGAAGAAGUGACGUCCAAAUCGCAAUGGCAUCGAGCUCCAGUUCAAGUGGCUCCAGUAUGUCCUUUGCUGACAGACAGGCAGAGCGAAUGAAAAAGCUACGAGAUCUUCACCUCAAAAGGAAUGAAGCACGUCAACUUAACCACCAGGAAGUUGUUGAAGAAGACAAACGUCAGAAGAUGCCCACUAACUGGGAAGCUCGCAAAAGGAGAGCGGACUGGAUCUUAAAAGAAGAGGAGGACAGGACUGCAGCUGCUGAAAAUGGUGAAGAUUAUGAUAGAGUCAAGCUACUUGAAAUCUCAGCCACCGAUGCAGAAAGGCUAGAUAGAAAAAAGAAAAAGAAGAACCCCGAUUCUGGUUUUGCUGACUAUGAACAAGCUACCAUUAGGCAAUACAAUCGUUUGGUCAAAGGGAUCAAACCUGAUAUGGAACAAUAUGAUGAACAACGUCAAAAGCUUGGUGACGCAUUCUACAAUGAAAAGAAUUCUAUUCUACAUGGUCAGUUUAAGGAUACAAAGCAGGGCAUUGAUCGAAUGGUCGAAGACAUUGAAAAACAGGUGGCUAAGAGGGAGAAGUACAGUCGGCGUCGCAUGCACAACGAUGAUGCUGAUAUUGAUUACAUCAAUGAGCGCAACAUGAACUUCAACAAGAAAUUGGAACGAUUCUAUGGACAGCACACAGCAGAGAUCAAACAGAAUUUGGAAAGAGGAACUGCAGUUUAAUAUGUUAUUUUUCUUACUUCGGCAGUAAUUUUCAUUUACUUGUUUCUUCAAUUUCCUGCAAUUUUGUAUGUUUUCUAGUGGGGAGUGAAUUUUUGUGUGCAUUCUAUUAUAGUAAACCAAAUGCCCAAUCUGUUCGGACAACUCCCUCUGUUAGGACUUUUUGUGUAAAGUUACAGUGACAAUUUACUUUAAUUUAAUAAGGAUUAGGACAAUGUAUUGGUGGAUGUGUAUAGUGAGCAAAACAUUUAAAAUUGAUAAAGAGAUUUAUUACCAA